GUUCACAUGGCAAUGCAGGCGAAGUGGUUUCGUUUAUGUUAUUGUUUUUAAUAAUACAAAGUAUUGUAGGAUUGCUUCAGACCUUAAAGACCCCGCACUAAGUAGCUCGCCACCAUGCCCAAGGAGCAGUUUCGCGCUUCGGCGCUGAACAAGAAAAUUUCCCAUGUGCAGUUCGGGAUCAGCGCAGCGGAUGAGAUACAGCAGGAGUCACUUGUGCGGAUCAUAUCCAAGAACCUCUAUCAGGGACAGCGCCAACCGGUGCCAUAUGGGGUGCUGGAUCGGCGCAUGGGCAUCGGCACGAAGGACGCCAUGUGCGAGACCUGCGGCCAGGGCUUGAACGAGUGUAUCGGUCACUUCGGCUACCUGGACCUGGCGCUGCCAGUUUUCCACAUCGGCCACUUCCGCUCCACCAUCAACAUUCUGCAAAUGAUCUGCAAGACCUGCGCCCAGGUGAUGCUCAAGACCGAGGAUAGGGCCGUUUUUGAGAAAAAGCUGCACAACCCAAACUUCUCGUACUUGGGAAAGAAGGCCCUGCACGUCCAGAUGCUGGCCAAGGCAAAGAAGGUCACCAAGUGCCCGCACUGCGGCUCGCCCAACGGCGGCGUCAAAAAGGGACCUGGUCUGCUCAAGAUACUGCACGAUCCCUACAAGGGGCGCAAGGUGGACUCUGCCUUCACCAAUAACAUGAACGAAAUGCUCCGCUCCACGGAGGCCAACAGGGACCUCAACAUGACGCUCAGCAGCUACAGUACCGCCGAGGAGUUGACCCCCCUGAUGGUACUGGAUCUGUUCGAGCAAAUACCCCAAAGCGAUGUGGCCUUGCUCGGAAUGUGUUCGCGAGGAGCACAUCCAAAGAACCUGAUUGUGACCCGGGUGUUUGUGCCCCCGGCCUGCAUUCGUCCCUCGGUGCUGUCCGAGGUGAAGGCCGGCACCACGGAGGACGACUUGACCAUGAAACAGAGCGAGAUCCUGCUCAUCAACGAUGUCAUUCAACGCCACAUGGCCACCGGCGGAAAAAUCGAGCUCAUCCACGAGGACUGGGACUUUUUGCAGCUGCACGUCGCCCUCUACUUCCACAGCGAAAUCAGCGGCAUCCCCAUCAACAUGGCCCCCAAGAAAACGACCCGCGGAAUCGUCCAACGGCUGAAGGGAAAGCAGGGCCGCUUUCGCUGCAACCUCUCGGGGAAGCGUGUGGACUUUAGUGGACGCACUGUCAUCUCCCCAGACCCCAACCUAAUGAUUAACCAGGUGGGCGUGCCGGUGCGCGUGGCCAAGAUCCUCACCUACCCGGAGCGCGUCAACCAAGCCAACAUGCGCCAUAUGAGGCAGCUAGUGCGAAACGGUCCCAGUACUCAUCCAGGCGCUAACUACGUCCAGCAGCGGGGCUCGAGCUUCAAGAAGUACUUGGCGUACGGCAAUCGCGAGAAGGUGGCCCAGGAACUGAGGUGCGGCGACAUUGUGGAGCGUCACUUGCGCGACGACGACAUAGUCCUAUUCAACCGGCAGCCCUCGCUGCACAAGAUGUCCAUCAUGUGCCACCGCGCCAAGGUCCAGCCCCAGAGGACCUUUCGGUUCAACGAGUGUGCCUGCACGCCCUACAACGCGGACUUCGAUGGCGACGAGAUGAACCUGCACUUGCCGCAGACGGAGGAGGCCAGAGCCGAGGCCCUCAUCCUCAUGGGCAACCAGUCGAACCUGGUAACGCCCAAGAACGGGGAGAUUCUGAUUGCCGCCACCCAGGACUUCAUCACCGGCGGCUACUUGCUGACCCAGAAGGAGGUCUUCCUCACCAAAGAAGAAGCCAUGCAGCUGGCUGCGUGUUUCCUGGCCAACGAGGACUCCACCAUGCACAUCGAAAUGCCGCCGCCCGCUCUGCUGAAGCCGCGGCGCCUGUGGACGGGCAAGCAGAUGUUCAGCCUGCUGAUGCGGCCCAACAACGACUCCCAGGUGCGGCUCAACAUGGUCAACAAGGGACGCAACUACACGCGAAACAUGGACCUGUGCAGCAACGACUCUUGGAUUCACAUUCGCAACUCGGAGCUGAUGUGCGGCGUCAUGGACAAGGCCACCAUGGGGUCUGGCACCAAGCAGUGCAUCUUCUACCUGAUGCUGCGCGACUUCGGGGAGGCCUUUGCCACCAAGGCGAUGUGGCGGCUGGCCAGGAUCGCCUCGUACUUCAUCCAGAACCGCGGCUUUUCGUUCGGGAUCAGUGAUGUGACGCCCAGCAAGCGGCUUCUGGAGCACAAGGAGUACCUGCUGCAGCGCGGAUACGCCAAGUGCAAUGAGUACAUCGAGAAGCUCAAGGCCGGCACUUUGCAGUGCCAGCCUGGAUGCACCCCGGAGGAGACCCUUGAGUCCGUGAUGUUGCGCGAACUGUCCGGCAUUCGUGAGCAGGCUGCCAAGACCUGCUUUGCCGAGCUGCAUCCCACCAACAGCGCCCUCAUCAUGGCCCUCAGUGGGUCCAAGGGGUCGAACAUCAACAUCUCCCAGAUGAUUGCCUGCGUGGGCCAGCAGGCCAUCAGUGGCAAGCGAGUGCCCAACGGGUUCGAGAACAGAGCGCUUCCCCACUUCGACAGGCACUCUGCAAUUCCGGCGGCCAGGGGCUUCGUCCAAAACAGUUUCUACUCGGGCCUGACACCCACGGAGUUCUUUUUCCACACCAUGGCCGGUCGCGAGGGCCUGGUGGACACGGCGGUGAAGACGGCCGAGACCGGAUAUCUGCAGCGACGGCUGGUGAAGUGCCUGGAAGACUUGGUCGUGCACUACGACGGCACCGUGCGUAACGCCGUAAACGAAAUGGUGGACACCAUCUACGGUGGCGACGGCCUGGACCCCGUCUCCAUGGAGACCCGGAAUAAGCCCGUCGAUUUGGUGCAUCAGUAUGAUAACUUACGUGCCCAGAUUCACCCUGGCCAACAGCAACCCCUCCGUGGCUCCGAAAUUCCUGAGGUUGCGGAAUCGCUCUUGAAGACUCCGGAGUUUUCCGAAUCUCGUGAGGAUUUUAAAGAAGACGUGAGGAAGCACCUCAAAACUGUGUCGAUGAGAAUCAGCCUCUUGCAGGAAAAGUACGAGCCGCAUGGCAACCUGUGCCACCAAAUCGAAUGCCUCACCACCGACCAGCUCCUGGAGUUCCUGAGGCGCAUCAACGAUCGAUACAACCGGGCCGUGAGCGAACCGGGUACGGCUGUGGGAGCCAUCGCCGCCCAGAGCAUCGGAGAGCCCGGCACCCAGAUGACCCUGAAGACCUUCCAUUUUGCCGGUGUGGCCUCCAUGAACAUCACCCAGGGAGUGCCCCGCAUUGUGGAGAUCAUCAACGCCACCAAAACCAUAUCCACCCCGAUCAUCACGGCCGAGCUGCAGGACAACCUAAGCAUGGAGUUUGCCCGCCAAGUGAAGGCGCGCAUCGAGAAGACCACGCUGGGCGAGCUGUCCUCGUACGUGGAGGUGGUGUGUGGCCCACACAGUUGCUACCUGGCCAUUGGCAUCGACAUGGCGAGGAUCAAGCUUCUGGGUCUGCACAUCAACCUGGACACCAUUGUAGGGAGUAUCCUCAAGUCCCGGAUGCGCCUCAAGCCGGCGCAGGUGGAGGUAGCCCGCGAGUCACGGAUAGUCGUCCGCGUGGAAGCAACUCGGAACGCCACCAUCAAUUCGGAGCUGGCGCGCUUGGCCCUUAGCCUUCAGAGUGUUGUGGUGGCGGGGCUGCCGAACAUCAACCGCGCGGUGAUUGCGGUGGACGACGCCCGCCAGCCGGCCACCUAUAAGCUGUGCAUCGAGGGCUACGGCCUGCGGGACGUCAUCGCCACCUACGGCGUGGUCGGAGUCCACACGCGCAGCAAUAACAUAUGCGAGAUCUACCAGACCCUCGGGAUAGAAGCGGCCCGCACCAUCAUCAUGAGCGAAAUCACGGAGGUCAUGGAGGGCCACGGAAUGAGCGUCGACUGGCGGCACAUUAUGCUCCUGGCCAGCCAGAUGACAGCCCGUGGCGAGGUGCUCGGUAUCACGCGCCACGGCCUGGCCAAGAUGCGCGAGAGCGUCUUCAACCUGGCCUCCUUCGAAAAGACUGCCGACCACCUCUUCGACGCGGCCUACUACGGCCAGACGGACGCCAUCAACGGCGUGUCGGAGCGCAUUAUCCUGGGCAUGCCGGCGGGCAUUGGCACGGGCAUCUUCAAGCUGCUGCAUUGUCACGAGAACAAGCAGGUUCCUCCUAUCGAGGACACAAUUUCCAACUUCCUGGGUCUAGUUCCGUGUGCUUGAAAGUGAAAUCACUUGUUGGCUCAAAGUUUCAAAAGUGAAUAAAAUCCAUUAAAGAAUAAUAUA